AUUUAAUUACAUUUUAUGAAACCAGCUUCUGAACUGCUUUUGUACGUGUGUUUUAUCAACAUUAAGGCUGUACUUUCUUUGGUUUGAAUUAAAAAGCAGCCAAUCAAGCCACAGGACACACUAACAUUAGGCUCUUGGUCACGUAUGAUUUUCCCCUAAGACAAACACAUUUACAGAUAUGGAAGAACGCCUCCUGUGACAAAAUAAAGUAGUAAACAACUUUAAUCAAAUAACUUGUUGAUUCUGCAACUUGUAUGUAAGACUGAUUGAUUUUUAGUGUAGAUUAAACAGACGUAAACUCACCGGUUGCUGUCAACCGCAGAAAAAUCGACCGCACUCCGGCUAAACUCCAGAAACUCCGCCCCGUGUUUGCAGAUAUUCAAUCCGUUGAAAUACCAGAUUUGAUGCUGAGAUUUCAAAAAACUUCCUGAAGGUGUGAAACACAAUAUCGUAUAUAAUCACACACACUUUAAUCCUGUCUAUCUCCCCCCGACUGCUCUCGGCCUGGAUCUUUACUUGGCCCGGGGAGGAACUUGCCUUGGCGGAGAGGAAGCGGAACCUCUUAGAAACAAACCGGGGAAUUGAUACCUCACGGCUUCCGUAGCGUUUAAUGGGCAAAAGGCAGAAGGCGCGUAAAAUGCAGCUGGUGAAAAGAGGACGCUGUUUGUGUGCACAGCAUCGGACUGUAAAAGAAGAUGGACACUACACCGGAAACAAGGUGUCAUGUUUUCCCGCAGAUGGGGCUUCGGCUGGGACACCUAUAGUGAGUUGGACCUUUUCACAGACCGCUUUGACACCAGUUCAGAGACCCUGUCCCAGGCCAUCAGAGCCGCAGCGUCUGAAGAGCCAGACGCAGAUGGCAGUGUGCUGUUCGGCCACCUGCAGGGCACUGUGGUUGGCCUCAGAUUUUAUACAGGGGUGGUGAAUCAAGGGGAAAUGGUCGGUUUAGUGCGACAGCCACAGAAUCCAUAUGACCGCAAUGCAGUGAUGGUGUCCAACAUUUUUGGCAACCAAGUGGGUCACAUUAAGCGAGAGCUGGCAGCAGCAAUGGCCCAUGUUAUGGACAACAAUUUGGCUAAAGUAGAAGGGGUGGUGCAUUCAGGGACCAAAAACUCAUUCACUAUGCCAGUGAUGUUGUCCUUCUGGGGACAAGAAGAAAAUAAAAAUGCUGUGAUUGAGAGUUUGUCACGCCGCGGAUUUAAACUAAACUCAGGCGCAAGCAAAGCAACAGGUGCAAGUCAGAACUCGUAUAAUCAAGGUCAGGGUGCUCGUGCGUACUCCUCUAAAAAAGGAUUGACCAUCCCUCUGACUGCAGAUGAGCUGAAGAAUGCCUUUGACAACCUUUUUGAUGGUUUGAUGGAGAGUAAAGAUGGAGAGAAACAAGCAGCCGAGUCUGUAGGUACUCCUCUCCUGCCUCACCAGAAGGAGGCGCUGUCCUGGAUGUGCGCUCGAGAAAACAAAUCUGCCCUGCCGCCGUUUUGGGAGAAGAGAGGCGAGCUGUACUACAACAUCCUCACAUGUUUCUCUGCCAAAGAAAUACCGGAGAGAAUUCGCGGGGGAAUAUUGGCAGAUGACAUGGGACUGGGGAAAACUCUGACAACCAUCGCUCUGAUCCUCACCAACUUCCACAAAGGAAAGCCUCUGCCUGUGGAGAAAUGUGGGGAGCGCUCUUCACCUUUCAAAGCCAAAACUAAACCAGACAUGGCCUCCAAACUGGAAGGAAGCAGUGCAGGUGAUGAAGCAGCUGGUUCUCUAAGCUCAGACCUUCCUCAGGUGGAGGUGAUGGAUUCUGAAGAUGUUGCUGUCAAGUCAGAAGAAAGUACGAGCAAGGGGAAGAGGAAAGCCACCAAGCGACAGCCCUGUAAAGUACUGCUGGAGGAUCUGGACUUUGCUGCAGCUCUGGGUGGCUCGGCAGCAGAUUUGGGCCCAAAGAAGAAGAAAAACGCCAAGAAGGCCACUCCCACUCUGAGUGAGGAAUCCUUCAUCUCUGACAGUGCAGAGGACCUAUCAGCUAGAACGACUCUCAUCCUCUGCCCACUCUCUGUGAUCAGCAACUGGCUGGAGCAGUUUGAGCAGCAUGUGCAGGCUGACGUGAAGCUAAACGUGUAUCUGUAUUACGGCCCGGAGCGCAACAGGAACAAGACCUUUCUGUCCUCUCAGGACGUGGUGAUCACAACCUACAACGUCCUCUCUGCUGACUUUGGGAAUAAGAGUCCCCUGCAUGGGAUAAAUUGGCUGAGGGUUGUUCUGGAUGAAGGACAUGUUGUACGCAACCCAAAUGCACAGAUAAGCAAGGCUGUGCUCGACCUAAAAGCUCAGCGGCGCUGGAUUUUGUCAGGUACUCCUAUCCAGAACAGCGUGAAGGACCUGUGGAUGCUGCUGGCCUUCCUGCGUCUGAAGCCCUUUGAUGUGAAAGAGUGGUGGAACCGAGUGAUCCAGAGACCCGUCACUCAGGGGGACAGGGUCGGCCUGCAGAACCUUCAGACCCUGGUGAAGAGUAUCACCCUGAGGCGCACAAAGAGCAGUGAGAUAAACGGGCGCCCCCUGGUGUCGCUGCCGGAGAAGACAGUGUGCGUGGAGCAGGUCGAGCUGAGCCAGACGGAGAGAGAGGAGUACGAACUGGCACGCAACGAGGGAAGAAACACCAUCGGCAGGUACGUAGCCGAAGGGACAGUCCUGAGGAAUUAUGCCGAUGUGUUGGCCAUCCUGAUGAGGCUUCGACAGCACUGCUGCCACCCUGAUCUGCUGGCAAAAACAUCCUCAGACCUGGGUGCUGCGGCGACGCCUGCAGAGCUGCGGGAGCGUCUGAUAGAGAAGCUGCGGUUAGUGUUGGCCAGCGGCUCUGAUGAAGAGUGCUCUGUGUGCCUGGAAUCUGUGCAUCUGCCCGUCAUCACACACUGUGCCCACGUCUACUGCCGGCCCUGCAUCGCCCAGGUCAUCAGCAGUGAGCAGGAGAAAUCACGCUGUCCUCUUUGUCGGAGUGAGAUCAAGGCCAAUGAGCUGGUGGAGUUUCCACAGGAGAAAAUGGAGGAAGAGAAAUGUGCAAACCCUGACAGGUGGAGGUCAAGUUCGAAGGUGCAGGCGCUGAUGGGAAACCUGCUCAGGCUUCGAUGUGAAGACAGCAGCAUUAAGUGUUUGGUCAUCUCUCAGUUCACACGCUUCCUCACCAUACUGGAGACGCCACUCAGGGAGCAAGGUUUCACUUUUGUGCGUUUGGACGGCACCAUGAGUCAGAAGAAAAGGACUCAGGUGAUCCAGGAGUUUCAGAGCUCUGCAGCCGACAGCCCCUCCAUCAUGCUGCUGUCACUCAAAGCUGGAGGGGUGGGGCUUAACUUGACUGCCGCCUCUCAUGUUUAUCUCAUGGACCCUGCGUGGAAUCCUGCUACUGAGGAGCAGUGUAUCGACCGCUGCCACCGCCUGGGACAGACGAGGAACAUUUUCGUCACCAAGUUCAUAGUGAAAGAUUCAGUGGAGGAGAACAUGGUGAAGAUCCAGAAGCAGAAGCAGGAUCUGGUGGACAAGGCUUUCGGCUCCACAAACACUGGCAGGAAAACGUCUCGCGUUGAUGACAUCAAAGCUCUGAUGGAGCUGUAGAUGACUCAAUUGCAUUUCCAAUGUUUGUGUUGUUCCCAUGUUGAGUCAGACGGCUCACACCUGAAGGGCUGGAGAGACUUUUGUACACAUUUGUGAAUUUUUUGUUGGUAUUUUGUAACGCCUAAAUGUUUCAUUCUCAUGUUUAUCAUGUUCAAAAUGUGGGUUUCUUCAACAGUUAAAGUUUCUAUAGUGAUUACAUGACAAACCCCUUUGCACGUUUUUAUUUCUGUUCAGUUGUGUUGCUUAAGAGUUGCUGCUCUUGGAUCAAGCUGUGCUGAUCUGGUCGAUAACGAUUUAGUCCAAAGUUAAUUCCUUUUGUUACUUAGUAAAGACUAAAUAAAUUCUGUUUUCCCACCUGUUGUUGCAGCUUGAGUUCUAACAGCCAUGAAGAUUUGGUGGAUUCUUUGACAUCUCUGGAGUAAAUGCAGACUGCUGAUCUUUUGUAUCUGCAAAGAGCUGCUUUCACAACAAGUGUUUUUCUAAGUAAAUGUUGAAAUAAAAGGGAACAAUAAAAACGGUUUACGACA